UUCGAAUCCUAUAAAAUGCAAAUUAUGCAGGUUACCAAGAAGAAAAUUUAAAAGAGAUCAUCUAUACUACAAUUUUUGUUUUGUCAAAACAAUUUAUGUUGACUAAAAUGGAAUCUAAUAUGGUUCGGGCAACUUGAGUUUAUCAUUUGUGUUUGAUUAGUGAAGUGUCUGCGUGUUUGAUAAAAUAAGUUAGUUCAAUAUUUAAAUACUAGUUUUCUCCACUAAAAUAUUCAUCAUCUUAAAAUAUUCGAAUUUGCAUAUAUAAAUAUAUAUACACGUUUAAAUUAAAAAUGUAAAUUGGAUUGGAAUCCAGAUCUGGAUUUAAAUAUCAAGAUAAUGUAGCGGGUCUUGGAAUCCUUAGCUGUUAUAACAAAAUUAUAGGUUUUAUUGGUCAAAAUUGUUUAUAACCAGAUUAUAGCUGUUAAUCCCUAGAUGUUAGAGCCAGAUUAUAUAUUUUAUUAAACAGCACAUGAACAACAUUAUAUGUUGACUAAAAAUGGCUUUGGUAACAUAAUUUGCUACUCCCUUUGAAUUUAAAAGAUUGAUGUCGUAUGAUUUGCACACAUGUUAAUAACAUUAAAUAUAUAUUUUAAAUGAUUAGUUUUGUUAGUUGUAUUUGUUUCAUGAUCUAAAAUUCUAUUACUCAUAUUUCAGAUUUUAAUUUAUGUUUUAGUUUCGAAUAAAAUGCAUAAUUAGAAGUAGAAUACCAUUUUUUUACACAAAUAAAAAAUUAAAUCAUCAAUUAUUUGUAUACGCAAUUAUUGGUAUACGGAAUGAGUAUUUGUUUAGAUUAAAGAAAUGUGAGUUUUUCUUUUACAAAAAUGAAAGUGAGUUCACUAUUUAAAUGUCAGUUUCCACUAUUAAAAUAUCCAUGAAUAUUUAAAUUUGAAUCUGUAAACAUGUAGUAUAUAUUAAAAUUACAAAUAAAAUUUUUUUUUUUUGAUUCGAUCAAUCUUGGAUUCCAAAUAAUUUAUCCCUAAUUUGAUCUGGAUCUGAAUAUCAAGAUUUUGGAUUGGAUCGGGUCUUGGACUCCGAAAAAUAAUUUCAUUCAUAGCUAGCCAGACUGUAGGUUUCAUUGGUCACAAUUGUUUAUUUAAGACUAUAGGUUUCAUUGGUCACAAUUGUUUAUAAAUAAAACAAUAUAAAUAUGAAUGCAAUACGAACGUUGAGAAGCAAGUGAGUGAGAGAGAAAGAAGAAACAAUGGAGAAGAUCGAGCACACGACGGUUUCCACCAAUGGCAUCAACAUGCACGUAGCUUCAAUAGGUUCAGGUCCAGUCGUCCUAUUCCUCCACGGCUUCCCCGAUCUCUGGUACUCAUGGCGCCACCAGCUUCUCUCUUUCGCCGACUUAGGUUACCGCGCAAUCGCUCCUGAUCUCCGAGGUUACGGCGAUUCCGACUCGCCGCCGUCUCAUGAAUCGUACACCCUACUCCAUAUCGUCGGAGACCUCGUCGGUUUGCUGGACUCGCUCGGCGUUGACCAGGUUUUCCUAGUUGGCCAUGACUGGGGAGCCAUCAUCGCGUGGUGGAUGUGUAUGAUCCGGCCUGAUCGAGUCAAGGCGCUGGUGAACAUGAGCGUUGAGUUUCAUCCGAGGAAUCCUUCUGUGAAAACUGUUGAUGCGUUUAAGGCUUUGUUCGGCGAGGAUUACUACAUCUGCAGGUUCCAGGAGCCUGGAGAUAUUGAGGAAGACUUUGCUCUAGUUGAUAUGAAGAAGUUAGUAAAUGGUUUUUUCACUUCGCAUAACACACGCCCACCUUGCAUUCCAAAGUCAGUUUUCAAAUAUUUACCUGAUCCACCUGCUUUACCUGCUUGGUUCACCGAGCAAGACGUAUGUUUCUAUGCAGACAAGUUUAGCCAAAAAGGCUUCACUGGUGGACUAAACUACUAUCGCGCCAUGAACCUAAGCUGGGAAUUAACGGCUCCGUGGGAUGGUCUACAGAUCAAGGUCCCUGUGAAGUACAUUACGGGUGAUCUUGACCCUACAUACCACAUCCCCGGAACAAAGGAAUACAUACAUGAUGGUGGUUUGAAGAAACAUGUUCCAUUUCUACAAGAAGUGGUGGUAAUGGAAGGUGUUGGUCAUUUCCUUCAGCAGGAGAAGCCCAAGGAAAUCACUGACCAUAUCUAUGGCUUCUUCAAGAAAUUCUAAACCGGCGAAAUCAAGUUCUGUUCUACUGAGCUUCGUCAAGAGCACUUUGUUGGUGUGAGCUUCUACUUGCAAUGGGAUUUGAAAUGAAAGGAUAAUGUGUGUAUUUUUUUACUUGUUUAAAUAAGACAUCUGUACCUCUUCUCUCCUCAAGAUCUUUGAGAGAGAAGUUCAUUUCUUUUUAUUUUAAUUCCAUUUUUAUCUGUAAUAAUCAAUUCCGACUUGUUCGGAUCUUGUCUUCCGUUCAAUCGGACAAUAUAGUUUUCAGUUAAUCCGAAUAUGUUUUU